UGAUGCGGAGGGGGUGUGUCCCAGCCGCUGUGUCAGCAGUGUGACUGACGGGGCGUGAGUGUCACAUGUCGGCUCAGGCAGCGGCAGUUUGACACCCCCGCUUCCUUCAGAAACACGCACUCACAUCUGGAACUGCAGGCGACUGACAGCAAUGGCGACCGGUGACAGCCAGCCAACUUUGGAGUCGUUGCUCAGCCAGGCCACAGACCCAAAUAAUCAGGAGGACAGAUGGGACUGCAUCAAGAGCUUUUACGAGCUUGUCAACCAAGAAGUCGAUGGCCCACAGGUAGCCAUUCGUCUUCUCUCCCAUAAAAUCCAGUCGCCACAGGAGAAAGAGGCGCUGCAGGCUCUGACUGUCCUUGAGGCAUGUAUGAACAACUGUGGAAAGAGGUUUCACAGCGAGGCUGCCAAGUUUCGCUUUCUCAAUGAACUCAUCAAAGUUUUAACACCAAAGUAUUUUGGCGCCUGGACUCCACAGAAAGUAAAAGACAGAGUGACGGAGGUCCUCUACGGUUGGACUCUUUGGCUUAAAGAAGAACAAAAGAUUCAGGAAGCCUACCGCAUGCUCAAGAAACAAGGUAUUGUGAAGAAAGAUCCCAAACUACCAGAAACGCUAAUAAUGGCGCCUCCACCACAAAGAACAGAGGACUCUGUUUUUGACCAGGAGGACAAGGCAGCGCUGUUGGCCAGAUUAUUAAAAAGUGCCCGUCCUGAAGACCUGGAAACUGCAAACAGACUUAUUAAAAGCACAAUCAAAGAGGAGCAGGAGAAGGCAGAGAAAGUGUCAAAGCGUGAAUCGACUCUGAAGGAGGUGGAGAGCAGCACCAAACAGCUCAGAGAUCUGCUGGAGCGGCACACAAUCACUGGAACCUCGUUACAGCCGAGUGGUGAUCUGAAGACCCUGUACGAGCGCUGUGACCGACUGAGGCCCGCCUUGUUCCGCCUGGCAAGUGACACGAUGGACGACGACGCAGCUCUGGCACAGAUCCUGGCCGCUAACGACGAGCUGACCCUCGCGGUGAAUGCCUACAAAGAAAAAGUGGGGAGCAAGGAGUGUAAUGGUGGAAGAGAAAGAAGCAGAAGUGAGGAAGAAAUGGAGGGUAUAACCAAAGCUCCGACGAGUCCCAGAGAGAUUAAAAGCUACCACCUCAUCGACCUGUCAGCACUGGACUCUCCACAGACGCACAGAAAAACUGAUUCACCACUAUCCUUCGAAUCCUCUUCGCCCAUGUUUGCCUCUCUUCUGGAAAGUUUCGGCCCUGUAGCUGACCAGGAUUUUAAUGAAUUAGAGCUGGAAAAUGGCGUCUCAAAGCAGACUCAAGAGACGUCGAGGUCGUAUUACGAGGAACUGCUGCAGCUCAACGGAGACAUUCAGAUGAAGAGUCCUGAGCAGAACGGAGGGAGAGGCCUGGUAUUGAGAGCUCGUGGCAGUGGUGGGAGCAGUACGACAUCAAAUGGGACAAACAUUUGGUCACUCCCUCACGAUCAACACUUUACAGGGACCGAAGUGUUGGACUCUCCAGUGAAAUUAGAGGAGAACUCACACUCCUCUCAAGUCCUGAAAAACAUCUUUGUUCCAAUGGAGGCCAUCAAACCGAGUAACCUCGAGCCGAUCACUGUGUUCGAUCAGGGCGGGAUCCACGUCUCUCUUCAUUUUGCAAAAAACUCUCCGCCGGGUCACCCAGGUGUUGCUGUAGUCGUCAUCUCCACUGUGAACACAUCUGCCCUCCGUGUGAAAGACUUUAUGUUUCAAGCUGCUGUUCCAAAGACCAUGUUUGUGAAACUUCAGCCAGCCUCAGGGACAAACCUACCUCCUUACAACCCUCUCCUGCCUCCACCUGCCGUCUCUCAGGUCCUCAUAUUGGCUAAUCCUCAGCAGCGGAAAGUGCGUCUACGCUUCAAGUUGACUCUGACACAUGGAGACCAACAGCUGGACGAAACCGGAGAGAUCGACAACUUUCCUGACUGGAACUCUUUGAUUGGCCACCAAAGAAUUUAAAGACAUGGCUUUUGAAAAUCACAGAAACUCUGGACCUGGUCUGCACAUGACCUGAGAUCUGGAGUGAACCCAGUGAGAAAGAAAAACUUGCUGUCGAUCCUCAUGAGGUAAAAAAACACCACAACAAACAUAUCGAGUCUGUAUUUUCUGAAAGAUUCACUUGUGAAUUUGAGAACACAGUAGCAAGUAUGAUACAAACCAAGAAAUGAUCUCAGAAAGGUUGAUAUUACUCUUAAAAGGAUGAACUCUAUUGCUGUAACUGUUCUGGUGGGUUUGGUGCCCCCCUGAAUGUACCUGAUUCAGGUAUUCAGUAUUCUGCUGUUGUCUUAAUGUGCUGCUUUUGUGAUCGCUGUUGUUUAACUGCAGUUUGAUGCACUGUACCCAUGUGUAUGCUGACAUGUAGCUGGUUACAUGUCUGCAUGUGAAAUUCGGUAUUUAUUUGCUCUUGUGACAAUCAAAAUUCCCAAAGUGCCUUAACAUGGAAGAUGUUUUAAUACGUAUUUAUUUUGAGAAUGAGGCCGCCUUAAGUAAUUUAUGUGUGCAAGUGAGAAACUUUAUUUUCCAGAUCAGUGUUCACUGAUUAGCAGUUUUUAACUGUGAAGCUUCAUAAUUUAAGUCCAGAGAAACAAAUCAAGUGCAGCUUAACCUGCUUGAUCAUCUGUCAUCUCAGCUCAUCUUCAGAUUUACACAAGCUCAAAACAGGAUGUCUUGAAGCCAAUUUUAGUGUUUUCAUCUGUCUGUCGACUGUGUGUUGAUCUGCCAUGUGUCAUCAAUAAAUACAAAAGCAAUCUGUAUCACAA